CCAGGUUCAGCACCAUGAAGCUAGUAUUAUUUCUCUGCUUGGUAGUAGUGUGUCUCGUUGCGACGUCGGAAGGUCUGAGGAAAAAAUACAGAUACGGCUGCGAGAACGUCGAUUGCUACAGAUGCAACUAUUUUCUAGACGACUGCUUCUACUGCUGCGACAAGAAGAAAAUCGACUGCGAAAACAUUAACUGCUACUUAUGUGACAUCAUCGACUGUGGAGACUGCUGCUGAGCCACCGAAAUCUGCGAAAAUCAAAAUCCAAAAAAUGAUUAGCAAGGCUGAAAGGGUGAAGUUAAGAAAAAAAGCUCAUCAAUUAUACGUCUUUUCAUUUCUUUUUAUUAUCGCUCCAUCAGUUCUCAAGUGAGGAAAACUUUGUAUUCGUCCGGGAUGUUAACAUCUUUUUUACAAAGAACAAUUUCUUUUCUGUAGUCAUUAAAGUAUAGUUGAUGACGUAACAACAGAAAUGAUGCUAUAUCUAUACAGUUAUAUAUUUUUCUAAGUAAUAAUGAUUUUUAAAUAUUAUUGUUCAAAGUACUAACGAGUGAUUACAGCUUGGUUUUUAGAGCAUCCCAAUAU